AUGUCUGUCGAAGCUUUGGAAGACGAGCUGUGCGAGAUUCUUGCAGACAAGCAGGCCUUCCAGCUGAGGCUCCGGCAGCUCCGCUCGGAGCUGCGCCUGGUGGAGGCCAGCGUGGAGGCGCUACAACAGAAGGAGAACUGGCUGUCUGGCGAGCUGGUCGGCGGCUUUUGGGCAAGGCGCUCAGCACGCAAGAGCAACUUGCCCUCUGUGGACGACUUUCUGGAAGGACGUGCAGGCUCCGAGGGCCCCAGGAUGUUCGAAUUGGAGGACGGCGAGGCCGACCUGUCGUGCCAAGAACACGACGACUGGGAGACCAUGCUGGACACCCUUGGCGUCGCGAGGUGCGGCUACUGCGGCCUGCGGCUGCCCCUGGACAUGGCCGUCAUCGAGCAGCACUCGAAGGAGUGUGCAGUGACCAGCCCCACCAACAAAGCGGCGUGUGCCGUCCCACGUUUGGCAAAGCGCAUUCAGACGGUGGCGAUGCUGUGCCGCUCGCCGUGGAUUCCAUGGAGUCGGGAUCCCAAUGUGCGGAAUGCCAUGCAGCGGUUGGACGCGGUUGGGAGCUGGAGCAGCAACGAGGAUCGUGUUUACACAUAG